AAUUCAUCUUGAUAAUCAUGAAAAUUGUUUCAACGAUGCCAACGCACUGUAUUGUACAUCACAAUUCAGAUUAAUAUCUGAUACUUCGAAUGAACUUUAUAAACUGAUUGCGAAUUACUCCGAAUGGGAAAUAACACAUUACGAUCAUACAAAAUUGUACCGCGGAGUUUGUAUAAAUAGAUCUUGUGGUGAAUAUAAUGAAAACCCAACAAAUAUAACAGAUGCUCUUGAAACAUGCGUUAAUAAAUCUAUUUGGAAAGAUUAUGGACUGAAAGCUAAACUUUUAAAUUCUCCCAGUUGUCGUUCUACGGAUUAUAAAAUAGAAUUUGAUUACAUGGACAUAUUUGUGUCAAUAUUAUGCACGUUUAUAUUAAUUGUAAACGUAGCUGGAACUUUGUAUGACGUUUAUGCUACAAAGGAAUCGAAGAGUAAAGCUGUGAAUAUGAUCGUAGCAUUUUCGUUGCUACGCAACUGGCCGAAGUUGUUUCAAGCCGACUAUAGAUCAAGAGCUCCCUUAGACAGACUUAAGGGCUUGGACGGCGUGAGAGCUGUUCUUAUGAUACUCCUUGUGACUGGACAUUUUUUUAUACCUUACACGAUGGCAAUCUCCAAUCCACAUUUUAUUGAAGAGGUAUAUCACUUUCUACCUUACCACGUGUUUAUAAACGGUGCGGCUAUAGUGCAGACGUUCUUCCUCAUGUCAGGACUUCUUCUAAGUUAUAGCUUACAGAGAACAGCAGAGAAGAAAACAAUAAAAUGGACUAUGUUAACUAACAACAUUUGGAAGAGAUGGUUGAGAUUGACACCGUCAUUUGCUGUCGUUCUUGCAUUUACAUCAACAUUAUUACGUUUUAUUUCAUCGGGGCCUUUAGUGCAGGUAAUAUUAACACGAAUGGGUAAUUUCAACCAUUGGUUUAUUGAUUGUCUGAAUUGCUCAAGAUUGUACAACACUGGCACGAACUUACGAAAAACAGACUUAAGGACCUUGGUCAUAGGUUCUAAAUUAUUGGACUUUCAGUUGCUGGACUGGACAGAAAUAGAGGAUUGCCGGCGCUCUUGGAUGUGGAAUUUUUUCUAUUUACGAAACUACAAAUUCGAUUCACAAUGCAUGCCUCAAACAUGGUAUCUGGCUGCCGAUUUACACUUGUACUGUGUAGGAUUGGCAAUAUUUGUGUUAAUCAGAAACUCGUACUGGAGAAAUAUUGUAUUGGCGAUGUUUUUCGCCGUUGGAGUUGUUGUAACAGGACUGGUGAUAUACUUCAACGACUUAACAUUCCUGAUGACGAUAUCACCUAGGAUGUUAAUGCAACUGUUUAUAGAGGACACAGCUUAUAACUAUCUGUAUAUGGCAUCCCACACUAAUAUUCCUAGUUUCGCGAUUGGAUUGGCUCUCGGAGCUCUCAUACACAAUUUGCAGAAAAAAGAUUUCAAUCUUGAUAAAUAUAAGGUGCCAGUUUUAGGUAUGGUAACAAUAUCAUUUAUUGCUGGGACUAUAAUUUGGUUAGUGAUCGACGCGCCAGUAAACCAGUUAGUCAAGAUUUGGUUGGAGACGCCGGCGAAGAAGCACAAUAAAGUUAAGAAAAAUGAUAAUAUCGAUGUUAUCGUUGAAAAAUUAUAG